AGGAUGGGAAAACAUAGUAAACGAGCUCGCUCUAGAUCAAGCGAUUCAGAUGAAGGGCUUUCUAAAAAACAGCUCCUUCGACGUUUGCUUAAAUUAGAACGAAAAUUGGAACGUAAACGUACCCGCGCUCGUCGUUCGACAUCGAAAGAAAACAGGCCGCCUAAAGGACGCCACGUUUCUGUUCGCCAUCGCUCGAGCAGCGUGGGUUCAGAUGCGUCGGGCAAUAGCGACCGUGAUAGCUGUUAUCCGCGGGAUACAGUAUCACAUAUUCGCAAAUCUUGCUCUUUUAGUGAUAGUCGCAGCCCGCGCGGCUCGGUAUCUGCACCUUCAAGCGAAGGCCGCAGUCAGACCGGCGCCAUUUCCAUCCCGCAAACGGCGAAUUUAUCCACACAGGACCAUGACCGUGACCUACAUGUUCCUACGGAGAAUUCGGUUACGAAUGCUGACGUUUUAUUAAUCAACGAUGAGGCAGAGUUGACGGAGGAGAUUUUGGAGCUGUUGGGGGAUAACCCGGACAAAAAUAUUUCUCAGAAACUCCUUUUACACCCAGAAAUUAUAACUAGGUGGAAUUUUUUUUUUAAAGCACGGCAUAACUCAACAGCUAAAAACUAAGCUUUUCGAAACGUAUUUUCUCGAUUCGAAUUGUGAAGCUUUGAGUCCACCGAUCCUAAACCCGGAAGUAGCAGCGGUUCUGUCAGGCGCUAACUUAAAUCGCGACAAAGCGAGAUCGAGCCUACAAAGCCAAUUAAGUAGGGGCCUAUUAGCGUUAGGUCUAGGUUUUUCGGCUAUUUUAGAGGAGUCUAGCAACAUUCCUUCUCCCUUAAGGGACAAAUUGCUAACUUCGUUUACGGACGCCGGCCGGCUUUUUACUGAUUUAUUCUUUACGGAAUCAAUGACGCGACGUUCAUUAAUCGCACCGAUCCUUAAUAAAGAAAUUAAUGUUGGAAUUCUGUGUAAAAUAUCCGAGAUCGUAAGCGGGUUUACGGGCACUCGUAAGAUCGGAACUAAAAAAGGCAAUUCUGUGUCCGCCCGGAUCUUACAAAUUCUCGGAAGUCCCUACGGCUUGUCGUAAAUUCUUACGGUGACAGAUUAUCUGACCUAAACUUAUCCGAGCGCAUCAAAAUGAAUAAUAUGCGCUUCUAUUUACAUAUUGGUGCUCUUCUCGAAGAAGAUAAUGAUCGUAAUUUCAUGAGAAUAACGAAGAGACAGUUAAGGGACUCGCUUAAUGUUUUUGAAACAAGCGAGAAAGACUUUAAACAAAUGUUUCGUUUGGACAAAGUAAGUGUAAUGGGUUUGAUCGAGGAAAUAGGCCCCCAUUACCAAAACACAGGAAGUAUUCCGCUUCAUUUAAAGGUUCUAACAACACUAAACUUUGUUGCCACUGGUUCAUUUCAAAAUCCUGUAGGAAGUAGCUGUUGGAUUUCUUUGAGUCAGCCAUCAGUUUCAAGAAUAAUACACGAAAUAACAUCUUUAAUAUCACAACAUUUGUUGCCAGAAUGGGUUCAAUUUCCGACUGACUUCGAAACAAAAAAUAAUAUUAAACAAGGAUUUUACAACAAGUGGAAUGUACGUGGUGUUCUUGGAGUUGUAGAUGGAACUCAUGUUGAAAUUCUUGCUCCACCUACGAAUGACGUUCACCAUCCCCCUUUUGUUUAUAUAAACAGAAAAGGAAAACACUCAAUAAAUGUUAUGCUCAUUUCGGAUUCUAACACAAAAAUUAUUGCUUGCAAUGCCAGAUAUCCUGGGUCCGUCCAUGAUUCUGCAAUAUGGCAAAUGAGUAAUAUUAAAACUUAUUUAAAGCGGGAGUAUGAUAAUGGAGAUAAGUCCACGCAUUUACUUGGUGAUAGCGGAUACCCCCUUGAACCAUGGCUAUUUACUCCCUUUUCGAAUUUUGAGCAAGGAAGCCCAGAAGAACGUUUUAAUAACCAAUUCAAGACGGCUCGAAAUGUUAUUGAAAGAACCAACGGCAUAUUAAAAGGACGUUUUAGAUGUUUGUCAAGGCACAGAGUUCUUUUAUACCAUCCGAGUAGAGCAGCUAACAUCAUUUAUUCUUGCUGUGUUCUUCACAAUAUUGCUCUCCGGGCAAGGAUUCCUCUUCCGGAGGAAGAAAUAGAAUAUAGAGACGAGAUUGGCAUAGAAGGCAAUUUGGAGUACAAUGAUGUUCUGCAAGAAGGGAGGGCUACAAGAGCUAGAUAUAUAAGAAAUAAUUUAUUAUUAUAAAAUACAAAAAAAAAACUCCAAGACAUUUAUGUUAAAAAAAAGACUAUUAAUCAAAAUCAAAUUU